AUGCCGUUUGGAUGUGUGACGUUAGGUGACAAAAAAGAUUACAAUCAGCCCACGGAAGUCAGCGACAAAUAUGACUUGGGCCAGCUCAUCAAGACAGAGGAAUUCUGCGAAGUCUUCAGAGCCAAAGACAAAUCAACUCAGGAAAACUUUAUACCUGCAAACAGCUUCCUGAAGAGAGAUGGCGCCGCAAAGUCCCGCAAGGCGGCCAAAAAUGAGAUCAACAUCCUCAAAAUGGUAAAAGCACCCCAACAUUCUGCAGCUGGUCGAUGUGUUUGAGACCAAGAAGGAAUAUUUCAUCUUCCUGGAGCUAGCUUCAGGCCGGGAAGUGUUUGACUGGAUCCUGGAUCAGGGUUAUUACUCAGAGAAGGACACAAGCAAUGUCAUCCGGCAGGUCCUGGAGGCUGUGGCCUAUCUUCACUCACUGUGUAUUGUGCACAGGAACCUCAAGUUGGAGAACUUGCUAUAUUAUAAUCGUUUGAAGAAUUCCAAAAUCGUCAUUAGUGACUUUCAUUUGGCUAAAGUGGAGACAAGCCUCAUCAAAGAACCUUGUGGCACACCUGAGUACCUGGCUCCAGAGGUGGUCGCACGCCAGCGAUAUGGUCGGCCUGUGGACUGCUGGGCAAUUGGAGUAAUUAUGUAUAUACUACUCUCUGGGAACCCUCCGUUCUACGAUGAGAUGGAGGAGGAAGAUUACGAAAGCCAUGACAAGAACCUGUUCCGGAAAAUUCUGCAUGGUGAUUAUGAGUUUGACUCUCCAUAUUGGGACGAUAUUUCUCUAGCAGCCAAAGAUUUGGUGUCCCGUCUGAUGGAGGUGGACCAGGACCAGAGGACGACAGCAGCGGACGCCAUUAGCCAUGAAUGGAUUUCAGGGAAUGCUGCAUCGGAUAAAAACAUCAAGGAUGGAGUGUGUGCGCAGAUUGAGAAGAACUUUGCAAAAGCCAAAUGGAAGAAAGCUGUGCGGGUGACCACCAUGAUGAAGCGCCUGAGGGCACCGGAACAGACCGAGUCCAAGACCCCAUCUCCAUCCAUGGACAGCGAGCGGACACCAGGCCUGACUACCCCCGCACCGUCACCUGCCAGCACCCCUGCUGAAGAAACGCCAUCCCCACUCAGCCCCUCCCCCGACGGCACCGGAUGA